AUGGUUGGAGGCCAGAGACGGCGAGCCCUGAAGCAUUAUCAGCGCGAUUUCUAUGCGCACAAUGCUGCUGCUUCAAAAGCAGUGAAUAACGAUACCAAUGAUGCGCCUCAACACACACAUGAUGUUCAACAAUGCAAGCACAGCAGUUUUGAAACAGGACAAAGUGGGCGGUUGAACGUCUCUUCAACCUACUACACCGUUCCAAAUUCUCCAGGGAAACGCUGUCGUGGAGAUUCAGAAGUCCUACUGGAGACUACAGAGUUUAACUUUACAACUCUCGAUGACUUUCCUGAUAACCUUCAAAAUGACACGCCAGAGUUUGUAGAAUUCAUGAGGCAAAAACACACUGUGGAAUUCCUCCGUCUGGAGGGUCAGGGCGACUAUUUACAAGAUGUUUGUGUUUGUGGUGAGGAAGCUGCGAUAUAUCAUUGUCAGGAUUGUCACGGUUCAGAGAUACAGCCAUUUCAUAAAAUGGAGCAUUGGGAUGGCAUCUCAUUCGACGAUAUUACCUCAAAGUCCAUGGGGAUCCGUUUGCAACUUGGACACACCUCUGGCGUUUGUUGUGACAACCCACUCCCUGCUUUCAACGACGACUUCAUUAUCAUCUACUACAACGGUAUCUACGAAGUGGGGUUAGAUUUCUGCGGAUGCGCUUCUGCUCAGCCACACAUUGUUCAACUACUACGUGUUCGUCUCUUUCCUGCCACAACAGUCGAUCCCAAAACAGCCGCAACAUUUCGGGCACUGGAAUACUUUCAAAUGUUGUCUUUCGAGUCCAAAGUUUCCACAUUUGAAUUUUACAAAACAGCUGCCCGUUUGACGGACAAUACAGGAAUUCAUGUACCGAAGAACCGUUAUGAAUCUAUGUUGCGCAUGAUGCGAGAGUGGCGGUUCAUCAAGCAGAUGCAACGCGCUGGUCAAGGUCAUCACCCCAAAGGUAUCACAGCAACUGAACCAGGUGCAUGUGCUGUAUUAUGUCCUGCAUGUCCCCAUGUAGGAAAAAAUCUGCCAGAUGGAUGGGAAAAUGCACCAUCUGAAAUAAUGAUGAGUUCAUGCUCCAGUCACAAUGUGGUAAAUCUCACAGAUACAAGAGUCUCGCGUGGGCUUGCGGCCACUGGCGCCGGUACCAUCGAUUGUGCACGACACAAUUUCAACAUGCCCUGCUCCGUCAGUGACUUACAAAAGGGCGAACAGUGUGUAACUGUUCACUUUUUAGUCAUAUUAUUAUUAACAGCACAAUACAGCAUGCGGUCUUCAUCGGACAUAGUGGCAUUAAAUAUAUCGUACAAUAUCACUUGCCAAUGGAGCAAGCAUAUCUGGACACGUAUGUCCACCUUCCCACACCAGUACCACAUCAAGCACCACGAAAAGUCCAUUGUGUUUCUCAUACUGAAAUUUCACCUGCCAGCCCACAUCGCCAAAUGCCAGACAUCCUUCUCCUUCAAUCUCAUCAAGGGUGUUGGUCGCACGGACGGUGAAGCUCCAGAGCGCAGGUGGGUGGACAUAAACCCCAUUGCUACAAGUACACACGAAAUGGGUCCCAGUUCAAGGUGUGAUACCUUAGACGACCACUUCAAUGAUUGGAAUUGGAAGAAGAUAUGCGCAAUGGGUUUAAUUUUCCGCCGAAAGUACAACUUCACAUUAAUUGAGGUCCAAGAACGUGUCAACGAUCUCACCAAUUUCGAGGCUUCUCUUGCCACAGAUGAGCUAGCCGAAUGGAGGAAGGACAUUGAGGCAUGGGAGGAAGACCGUUCACGACCGAACCCAUUUGAAGACAGAGCUACGACAACAAUGACUCAGGCUGCCGUGCGUCUGGCCUUAUCAAUGGCAGAGGCCACAGAGAUUGAGCGCAGUAACGAUGUGUCCCUACAUGAUGAUAUCUCACCAUCAGUGCUGAUUUCAUCAGGAUUAGAACUUGAAGAUCAACAGCGCUGUCUUGAAUUUGAUGCCAAGGUGGUUGGACAACACACUACAGAUGUUCAGAAGGGCAAGCUCUUACAGCGGAUGAAUGCUCUUCGCCAACGCAUUGACACAUGGGGCCGGGUACAGUUGUUGUAUAUGCCUGGCGUCUCCCGCCUGCGGUUGCCGGAUGACGUUGCAACUGAAGCCAAGGUUCACAACACUAACCUGUUCCUGCCGUCCUCUCUACCCCAUCGAGUACCGUGUGACGACCGCUUGCUCAAACAUGAGUGGGAGUUGCGUGAAGCUCAAGUGUAUGACACACUGAAUGACCUCCGCACUGUGCUCAACCUGCAAUACCAUCUUUACAAGUAUAAGGACACAUUUAUCCGAGGACAGCGAGCAAAUACCCGAGCAAACGGAAUCAUCAAUAACGCUGAAUGUCGCAUCGACGCCUUAUCACUUAAGUAUUCCACCUCUAGAGGCGCACUUCUGAAUCUGGCAUCAAGGCUGGGCAAGAACGACAACUGGGAGAGGAGCCUGAAGCCACUCGACAAGCAAAAGGAUGCACAAAGUAUAUCGUGGAUCUGGAAGACUUCAGGCUCCAACAGCAACGAGCUAGGGCUGCAGGACUCACUACAUGUUGAAUGGUUGCAGUUACUGCAGGAGGAAAUGCGCCGCGUCAUUGCAUUUCUCGACUGGCACGCUGGCUGGUGGGACACGCAAGGUUCACGACGUACUUUUAGCUCACUGCAAGCCAGAGAGGGUGCACUUACUUAUGCUCAACGCCAGGCCAAUCUACGCCGAAAAAUGGCUGUCCACUUCAAAUCCAUGUGGGCAGCCAACUCUUCAUGGCAAGCUCCACUCGCAGUUGAUCUUCAUUCCUAG